UUAUUGUUUUCACAUUUUUUACAUACUACAGGCGAAUUUUUAAAAGUAUAUUAAUUUAUCAAUACACCGAAGGGUUUAUUUUCCCUUUCACGGGGUUGAUCCACUUUCAGCCACCAAUCGGCAAAACGGAAUAUUAUGUCAUCGAUCAGUCCUGUCCGGAGCGAAGGUUGUUUCCCGUGUCCCGGUGCGGUCAUAUGCAGGGUUUCAGGUUUUUCUGUUCGUUUUUGUUACCGGUUUCCAAUUUCCUCAUGCCAAUAUCGAGGUAUCCGAACCGGAGGAGACUGUCGAUCUCUCCGUACCGUGGCACUGGAAAACUACGGGGGGAAAAAAGGGCAUUAGGAUACCUAAUCGCGAGCGAUCGACACUUAACCACCCUUUUCUUACCGUCCAGCUAAUAACGCCCUCCUGAAAAGGGCGCAGUAAAGCGGACCUUUUGAGAUAUAAAAUGUUUCGUUUGCUCGCUGGAACGUAAUCCAGUGACACCUCUCGGACAGAUCGGAUCCGAGCGGCAAGCUGGCUGGACGUUUGAUGCCAGAAAAAAAAGAACACAGUCAAACAGAAGAAAAUUUUCGAAAAAUCAUUAAAGAGCGUUUCCACUUCGAAGCGUUCGAUCGUUCGUUCGGUGUACGGUAACGGCUCUUACGCCUUCGAAUACCACUGUAACCGUUUCGCGCUCCCGUGGCCAAGAGAGAUAGUAGCAAAGGGGGGAGGAAGAGGUUUGGAAAAUUUCGCGCUCCGUACGGUUUCGUAGUGGGGAAAGUGAUCGUUGCGUGGUUCUAUAAGUACGGUCGGUGCGCCGGUGUGGAAGGUUAUUUUCCAAGCAUCAGCUGACAAGGUCGGAUCGAAAACUGAAAGGAACGAGCGGGAGAUAAAAGUGCAAGUGCAGUUAAUAAGCUUUGAUAAUACAAGAAGUGGAAUUUGCGGAAAUACAUAUAUUCAUCUGUUUGCUACAAGUGAACGAAACAACGGAAAGAGAGUGUUAAUCUUUGGUGAAAUUUUGUUUCAAACCCAGACGAGUUUACAUCAUGAAGUUGCUUAUAGUGAUCGCAACCACCUGUCUGCUGGGAGCCACCCUGCUCCGGGCAUCACCACUCAAACAGAGCACACCGCGUGCCCUCGUCACCAGCCGAUCGGAUGUGGUGACGCCGGAAGCGACCAAAGACAAACCACAGUACAUGAUCCGCGUUAUGCCGAAGGAUGAAGAGCUGGAGGAGCUAUCGAAGUUGGUAGAUUUUUUCGCGAAUGGGGAGACCGGCUCGCCCAGCGCAUCAACCGGCUCUCCCCACACGACCUCCUACGGUUCCUAUAGUCCGCGCCGGGACGAUCUGACCGAACCGCUGCUGCCACCACCGGUCGAACAAAGCGAACCGAACUACUACGCGGCCAAGCCAAAGAAAAACAAGGGCAAAAAGUACAUCCCGACCCAGAAGCUUAUCAAUCUGAAGCACACCGAACAGGUGGAAAAGAAUGCGAACGAAAAAUCGCGCCAGGACAGCGAUAAGGUGCGCGACUCGAGCGAGGAGGAUACGUUCUUCCUGGAUGCGAUCGAUCUCGAUCGGUUGCUGGCAAGCGCUUUGCUCGGUGAGCAGGAUGCACGAUCGGAGGCGACGGCCGCUGUAGGCCGGGCCCUUUUACCGCUGCGUCUGGAGGAGCUGAACAGCGGGGAGUUUGUGCCGAGCCGCAACCGUCGGGUGGAUCAGUAUACGCGCCGCGUGGCCGGAGAGGAUGAAGGUGCUAGAAUCGAUUUUCAAAUGCAUGGCCACCAUGGGCCUAACAGCUACAAGUUUGGCUAUGACACGGGUGAAGGGAAGAAUCGUCAGUUCCACGUAGAGGAGCGCGAUAACAAGGGUAACGUUCGUGGGCGCUACGGUUACUAUAUGCGAUCGGGCAAGUUUCGUAUCGUCAACUACAGCUCCUCCCCGGAGACAGGCUUUAGGAUAGAACCGUAGAAACCCUCAACGAUCGCUCUGUAAAAGACAAACCAUUAUUAGUUACCUGUUUUGAGAGUUUUAUUUAUUACUUAUACAUACUUACCUUACAAGUAUUCUGUACCUUUUCGUCACCAAUCGUUUUGUUUUUUUCAUAGCCAUCAUCCGUCCGUUUCAUUAGUAAUGGCCACACAAAGUAAGAAUGAGAAGAAGAAAGCCAAAUAAAAUUAGUUCAAU